UACUGCGUAUGCCUCUCUGCUGAAGACACGGUGGGUUCAGAGAAGAAGGAGAUCGUUUUUUCGAUGUAUGGCUCCAUCUGCUUUGGAUGUCUCUAUCGUUAGUUCUACUUCGAAGCUUAUGGAAUUAUUGGAUCUCAACGAAGAACCAAAAGAGUUGCAGAAUAUGGAUGAUAUGGACAUUGAUUUGGCAAUGGAUGUUCCUGACACUCCGGAUAGAUUUGCAAUCCUUAAGAAUGACAUGGUAGGUGGUGAGAAGGAUGUUAAUUCAUCAGUAGCUGGUUAUUCUGAAAAUUCUGAGUUGCUGUAUAGAGGGGUCCCCAAUCAGCUGAGGUGCCAUGGCAAGGUGAUCACAGAAAGUGGCAACAACAAAAUACUUUUUCCUCAUCCAUGGAAAGAUCCAAGUAUUGGUAAUGUAAUCGAGCAUGGCAGUUCACCCAUUGUUAACUCAUUAGACACCACUUCUGUUUCCAAAAAUGCUCAUCUCUUCAGGAGGUUGGCAUACCAAAACCCCCGGUUGGAGUCUGAACCUUUUGCACAACCUAAACGUGCAGAACAUGUGCCUUUUAGUUCUUGUGGCCAUGGAGAUGAUAGAGCUAACCUUGGUGCUGACUGUUCUGGCGUUGCUGAAGAAUCAGCAUCUGAUGUCAAAAUUAUAGAUGGAGCUGGAAGUGAUAGAGAAGUGAUAAAUUUGUUGAGCCCAGAAAUCCCUCCAAACACUAUUAGUGGUAGAAAUACAAAAAGGAAGACGGUUACAGGGAACAUUAACUUAGAUAAAGGUAAGGGCUUACGUGCUGAGGUUCCUUUUAGACAUUCUGCUUGCGUAAAUAAGAAUGGUGUUCUAAAUUUGGCGGGACAACAUGAGCAUACUGGAAAACCUGAAAAGGCAUGUGGCAAAUUGAAAGAUUUUAUUAGGGAGGAGGCAAGUAGAGGCUCGAUAGCAGUCAAUGGUUGUUCAUCCUUACAUGCCAUUGCAAAUUCUUCAAGAGCACCCAGCAAUGACUGCAAAGGGGCAACAACAGUAGAUGAUACAUAUAUGGUUACUGCCGUGGCUUCGGAUCACAUGAAAAAUAUUGAAUGGACCCAUGAUUCUCGUCCAAAUACCAGAGAGUCUCUGCAACCUAUUAUGUCACCUAGGAGAACAGGGCAAAAAAGGCUCGUACGUAAUGGGUGUAUCUCUCCAUUUAAUAUUGCAAGGGCUAAACAAACUUCUGAGAACCAUGGUAAGAGUUCUGUUGAUGGUGAGCAGGCUGAUGUUGGUGGAGUGAUCUCCAAUGGGGAGGGUUCAUCGUGUCAAAUAAGCAUUGUUGGACCUGAUUCUGAAGGCAAAUUGGCUGACAGAGAUAAAGGAAAAAGGGUAAUGAGAGAUCUAAAUACAGCAGAAGAGCAUAAUGUGGAAGGCAUGCAAUUGUCAAGCAGCAUGACAUGUUUCUGCAGAGGUUCUGUAAAUCAUGCGGAAGAGGAUAAUGGAAUCAGAUAUGGCAGUGGUAAUGCUUUCAGAUGCCUUGAUGGUAUUGGUGGUUGGAGAAGCACCCGUAAUCGUUCCAAAAUGGCAUCCGUACCACCAUUUGAUGAGGUUGAUUUUCCUUCCAGAAGUGAUCAGAGACAUUUUAACAUAAUAGAAAAUAAGGAUCAUGUGAGUGUAGUAAAAAAUGGCUCGGCAACUGACCUUGUUGAAGUUAGCAAUCAGUCCUCUCUUCAGCAUAGUCCUACUUCACUUUUAGCUCAAUCAUCUUCUAGUGUUAUGUCUGAGUCGGCUAGAGAAAAGGGUCAACAACGUGGAGCAAACAAGCUAAUGAAAUGGCAGAAGAAAGAGGGCUCAACUCGCAGUAAUCUUGGUGCAUGCUCUACUUCAACUCCUAAUGAUUCAGACGGUGCUUAUCUUUUGUCAUCUGGAGAACCUCCUAAUGCUAGAUCAAUUAGAAGAAGAAAUCCUCAUCACCGUGGCAAUUCAGGUCCAGUUAUAGUGAUUGACGAGUUGUCCCCUGAAACAAGAGGUGGCAACUCUUUUGAUAUAAGUCAAUUGGUUGAUAAUGACUCAGAUGCUAGGGCAAGACAAAUGGAAGCUGAUGAAAUAUUAGCCCAACAACUACAAGAACAACUCUAUUCUGAGUUGCCAGGAGCUGUUGGAGAGUUGGAUGCAAAUAUUGCCUGGACACUACAGCAGGAGGAGGAUGCUCGGCCUGCAUCUUAUCGUGGGAAUCCACUUUCAUCACAUCCCAGAGACUCAUCAAUGUCUCACCUAUAUAGACAAUAUCCAGCUCAAUCUUUCCAGAACCUUUCAGUUGGGUCAGCAAACCGUGCUCGAGCUCCUAGUUCUGCAAGAACGGGGUGGUUGAGGACUAGAUUUCGCAAUCAUUCUCCUAUGGUGUCAUCUAGUGGAAGGAGUCUUCAGUUUCCCCCAAAUAUGGAUUUUGAAACGAGAAUUCAUAUAUUGGAAGCAUUGGAAACCGCAGUUGGCAAUGGUAAUGACAUGAGACUGGAUGGUCACUUAUUUCAACGUGAUUUCAAUGAAAGUGAUUAUGAGAUGCUUUUGGCCCUUGAUGAGAACAAUCACCAGCAUGUUGGUGCAUCUUCAAAUCAGAUUAGUAGUUUGCCACAAUCAACUGUCCAGACUGAGAGCAUUGAAGAACCUUGUGCGAUCUGCCUUGAGACCCCAAGCACUGGAAAUAUAAUUCGUCAUCUUCCUUGCUUGCACAAAUUUCACAAAGAUUGCAUUGAUCCGUGGCUGAGAAGAAGAAGAUCAUGUCCAAUUUGCAAGUUCAGCAUCACUUGAUUUGCGUAAGAAAUUAAGUUGUUCAAUCCGUUGUGUUGUAGCAGUUUAGACGUAAGUUGCAAGUGUAUCUCCUGUUGUUCAUGGCUAAAACAGGUAAUUAGGAAUUUAUCACUUAAGUUGUAAAUUGAUUUACAACAGCUGAUGACUUGCUGUUUAUUUCAUUCUACAGUUUUUUUUUUCCCAAUUCUAUGUAGAUAUAUCUUAUAGAAGUGAAAAUUAUUCUCUUAAAUGGAUCUCCAAAGUCAACAUUUUAUCUUUAUUAUUGUCAUUUAAGUA